CUUUCAUGGUAGUAAUUCUGUACUGUGAUAUGAAGAUCACUGCUUUGCCCAUAAGUGAGAGACUGCAGUAUAGCAAAACUCCGUGGAAGACAUAGUAGUGCUUUCUUUGAGUCUACCAAUUUCUUGUUUUUUUUUUCCUUUUAUUAAAGCUACACAGUUUGAUUAAGUAUUUCUAAACUGACAACAGAUUACUCCGACACAUCAUUUUAAAUGGUUAAGUAGGUUGCCCUUAUAUUUUCUUUGUGUGGGAGUGCUGUGCUAAAUGAUAUACUCAACUGAAGCCUUGUCAGUUUAUGGUUAUAUGGCCCAUCAUGAGGUGUUGGUGCUCGUGCAAUUCAAUCUUUUGUAUAAAAAACUAUAAAAAACAAAAGAAUUUUACUUAGUUGAUCAACUUAUCCUAAAUCAUAACUUUGACAUGGCAAACCAACAUUUCAGAAGGCUGUCCAGCUACAGAUUGAUAGGGUAUGAUGUGGUAGUAGUUAUUACUAAACACAUAGCUCUAAUAAAGAUGACAAUUAGAACUUGCAGCCAGCCAAGUUGGUUUUGUUUACUUUUUAUGGGUUAAAUGAUGUGGUUAAGAUUUUAAAAUUAAAACCAAAGCAAGUAUGUUGGAUUAAUUAAAAAUACUUUCUUUGGAAGGAAUGCCUUUUGCUGCAACUAUAUAUAUUAUUGUUUUAUUGUGAAUUUUUUGUACUUUUAUUCUCUGCAGCUUCAUUGACAAAUUCUAACAGCACCAUUUUAUAUGUAUGUGUGUCUAUCAGUCUCAAAUAAAAUUAUUAAUAUGAAAAUUGUUGUCUCAGUGCUAGCAGUCCAUGUCACGUUGUCCUUUUCGGUGAUAUAUGAUUUUAGGUCUGGAUACAUACAAUCCAGCUCUAACGUUUCAAAAUAUGCCAAAUGGUGUAAGCCAAAGACAAGCUUGACUCUUUAGUCCAUGAGGUUUGCAGCUAGCUGUAUUUUUUGAGUAUUGGACUGUAGUUGGUGGACAUUGUGUGAAGAACCCCUGCCUGAAUCUUUCAUGGUCUAUGAUGCCAAUUUUCCUAUAUUCCAAACCAUGUACGGGAAGCGGAUUAAACUAGGAACAACCGCGACAAGCUUUACUACAGCCGGCCUUGCCUGGCAAUUGACAUAUUAGCCUCCUGGGAAGUACCAUACAAGCAUCAGAGGCCAAAAGGCUAGACCGCCAGAUAAACUACCUUUGCAACCAAAUCGUAGUUGCCCCUCCAGUUGCUAGUUUCCCAUGGCCAGACAUGGUUCCCUGUUCUUCUUCCUUGCCUUGUUUCUGCAGCACCUUCACACCAGCGUCGGCUUAGCCAUAAAAAUCUUACCAACACCAGUGGAACAAUGGCAGCCCAUGCAAUGCGAUGCUGCAUCCUUCAACCCUUCGUGCAGCUCAUACCUUUAUGUGACUCCUGGAGGGCGCAGCCUGUCCCAGAUAGCAUCCGACUUUAAUGGGACAACAUCUCUCACCCAGCCCAUCAGGCGGCUUUCUGGCUCGGAGGACUUACUGGUGCGUGUGCCGUGCAUGUGCGAGGCAAUCAAUACCACCAUGAAUGGUCUCUUCCAUGAUACUGAAUAUAAGGGUCCAAAUGACAUGUCCGCCAACAUCAACAGAAGCUACUUCAGUGGGCUUGCGUGGAACCUUCCUCCUAUGGAAAAUAAGACAAUCGUGGUUCACCUGCUAUGUGGGUGUUCCUCCACGGCACCGGAGGGGGUGCUGUCUUACACGGUCCAGUUCGGAGAUACCCUGAGCAACAUCGCAACGUUGUUCAGAUCAGGUUCAAGGGAGAUACUAAGCUUGAAUCCAGGGGUCACAAAUCCUGAUUUUCUCAACCCAGGUUGGAUCUUGUUUGUUCCGAUGGGAAUUGCUGGUUCUUCUAAAAAAAAGAUUGGCGGUUUACCAAUCAUAAUUGCAGUAUCCAUAUCAGCUGCAGUUAUGCUCCUUUGCAUGAUCACCAUCAUACUUCGCCUGAAAAGGAGAUCUCCUCUGCCCAAUAUUGAAGUGCCAAAGAAUAAAAAGAUGGAGAAAGUUCCCAGCAACACAAGCAUUGCUAUCCUGGAGAGCCGUUACUUUCCAUCCAAGAGAAUUGAUGACAUCGAUCCCUUCCAAACAGAGAGGCCCGUUAUUUUCAGCUUGAAAGAGGUUGGAGAUGCUACAGCUAAUUUUGAUGAGAAGAGGAAGAUCGGCGAGGGAGGAUAUGGCAUGGUCUACCUAGGUUUUAUUGGUACACAUGAGAUUGCAGUUAAGAAGAUGAAAGCUAGCAAAUCAAAGGAGUUCUUUGCUGAGCUGAAAGUGCUGUGCAAAGUGCAUCACAUAAAUGUGGUUGAGUUGAUUGGUUAUGCUGCUGGGGAGGAUCACCUGUACCUUGUUUACGAGUAUGUCCAGAAUGGAUCACUCAGUGAGCAUCUACAUGAUCCUAUGCUAAAAGGUCAUCAACCUCUCUCAUGGACCGCAAGAACACAAAUAGCAAUGGAUGCAGCGCGCGGUAUUGAGUACAUCCAUGACCAUACAAAGGCCUGCUAUGUGCACCGUGACAUUAAAACCAGCAAUAUUUUGCUAGAUGGCGCGCUAAGAGCUAAAGUUGCAGAUUUUGGGCUGGUGAAGCUUAUUGAACGCAGCGAUGAAGAAGAUUGCUUUGCAACUCGUUUGGUGGGAACACCAGGCUACCUUCCACCAGAGUCAGUUCUCGAGCUUCACAUGACUACGAAGUCUGAUGUCUAUGCAUUCGGAGUAGUUCUUGCAGAGCUCAUUACUGGCCUCCGUGCACUUGUGCGGGACAAUAAGGAAGCCAAUAAGACCAAGUCACUUGUCACAAUCAUGAGGAAAGCUUUCAAAACAGAAUAUCUAGAGAGCUCACUGGAGAAAACCAUAGAUCCCUCCUUGAAGGACAACUACCCCAUAGAAGAAGUGUGUAAGCUUACAAAAAUUUCGAUGCGGUGCUUGAGCGAGGACCCACUGGAACGGCCUGAGAUGAGGGAGAUUAUGUCACUGCUGUCUCAAAUUCAUUUUGCCUCCAUAGAGUGGGAGGCGUCACUUGGAGGUGAUGCGGAAGUCUUUAGUGGUGUUUUCAAUGGCAGAUGAUCAAACGUCAUGUAUGAUUUAAUGUAGAUACAGAAGAUUUGCUCCUGUUUUUUUUUUAUUUAAGGAGAGUGGUUCUUGGUAUGCAGUUUUGGAUAUAUUUGUACUUGCAAAUUUAUCUGGCUUCUUGAAAGCUGGUAAUGUGUAUUUUGUAUUGUAUGCGGCUCCCUUUGCAGUUC